AUGGAAUCAUAUUAAGAUUCAAAUUGCUUACUUCAUCCGAAAUUUUAAGAAAAUUAAUAAAACAUGGAAAUAGUUGAACAAUAUUAUAAUUAGUAAGCACAAUCUGCAUUCUAUUUAUAACCAUAAAUUCAAUCAUAUAACUCAAUUUAAUAGCAAUUACCACACACAUCUUUAUUUUCUAAUACUAAUUUAUCCACAAAUACCAGUUAAAAGCAAAAAAAGUAAUAAAAUGACCGCUUUAUACCAAAUAAAAUACAAUCAAAUUUAUAUGAUCUAUAUAUAUAACAGUAACUAUCAAAGCAAAAGGAAGAAAAUCAAAAUUAAUUGUAAUAAUAACCGAAUACGAAUCCAAGAGAUGAACAAAAUUCACAAUUAUAUUCUAAUUUAUUGUAAUCAACAAUAUUAGGAUAAUCUCCUGAGCAAAUAAUAAACCAAAAUUAGAACAAAAUAUUAAAAGACCAUAAUAUGUCCAAUUAUUAUUUAACAUAAGAAUAUUUGCAACAUUAAAAUUGCUAAAAACUAUUAAAUUUUAGUUCCAAAAAGGUACCUUUAAAUGACCCUCUGAAUUCUAUUUCUGAUUCUUGUAGAAAUUUCGAAACAUAAAAAAGAAGAAUACUUAAAUAACCUUAUAAAAUUUUAGAUUCUCCCAGUCUUUAAGAUGAUUUUUACUUAAACCUCCUUGAUUGGUCUCCUUUGAAUUAUUUAGCUGUUGGACUCAAAAAUUAGGUCUUUGUUUGGUCCGGUUGUAAUUCGAAUAUAUCCUCUUUAUGUGAAUACGAAUAGUUUAAUAUUGUAAGUUCUGUCGCUUGGAGUUAAAGAAGUAAUCAUAUUGCAAUUGGAGAUUCAUUGGGAGUUAUAAGAAUAUAUGAUGUUGUUAAAAGAAAAAUGAUAAAGUCUAUAAAAGGUCAUUAAGCAAGAAUCGGAAGCAUUGCUUGGAAUGGAUCACUUUUAGCAUCAGGAUCUAGAGAUAGAAAUAUAUUGGUUAGAGAUAUUAGAGAUUAUGAUAAAUCUGUUUAAAAAUAUUAUGGACAUAAAUAAGAAAUAUGUGGAUUGAAAUGGUCUUUUGAUGAAAAUAUAUUAGCUUCAGGAGGAAAUGAUAAUAUGUUAUUUUUAUGGAGUUUAAAAAAUAAAGGAGAACUAGCACGUUUACCUUAACAUACUGCAGCUGUAAAAGCAUUAGGCUUUUCUCCACAUUAACAUAAUAUUUUGGCUAGUGGAGGAGGUACAGCUGAUAGAUGCAUAAGAUUUUGGAAUACUCAAACACUUAAAUAAAUUGAUUGUUUAGAUACAGGAUCUUAGGUGUGUAAUUUGAUGUUUUCAAAAAAUAAUAAUGAGAUAGUAUCUACUCAUGGAUAUAGCUUGAAUUAAAUUAUUGUUUGGAAAUAUCCUUCUAUGAAAAAAAUAUAGACGCUUACUGGGCAUACUUAAAGGGUGCUUUAUUUGGCGAUGAGCCCUUGCGGAUAAAAUAUUGUCACUGGAGCAGGUGAUGAAACUUUAAGGUUUUGGAAUAUUUUCCCUAGUUAUAAAAAUAGAAGCAAUAUAUUAGGGUCGACGUGUAUAUUUCCUGCUUCUAUAGACUUAAGAUGA